AAUAGAUGUUUAAAGAACUACACACACGCCUGAUGCGUCAUUACACUUUGUGCAAGUCUACGUAAGGCAUCGUCUGCUCUGCAGUCGUGUGACUUUAGUUAGUCUCCUUACUUCUUCACCAUGGCUUUGACUGCAGCUAUCAACGAAGGACCCAUCCCUGUGGAAUAUGUGGAUCAGGACGUUGUUGCCAGGACUCUGCGUGUCUACCUUACUGCUAAGGUAUCCACUGUUCAGGAGUUUGUAUCCUACCUGAAGUCGUCUGUUCCGGAGUUUGACUUGCAAGAUUGUAGUGGCAUUUGGAAGACCGAGAGGUAUGGGCAAGUAUAUCUUACUAUGAAGAGUGUUGUGUGUGCUCAGGAACUAUUGAAGCUGCAGUGUGUACGUGUUGGAAGUGACAAAAUCUACUUUUACAGCUAUGGCAAGUUUAUGGUGCCCUUGAGAGUCCACUGGCUUCAUGCCACUGUACGGAGCGACUUUUUGAGGAACUAUUUCUCAAAGUUUGGGAAAGUACUGGAUGUGUUGCGUGAGUUUGAGACGAUUGAAGGUGUUGAUAUUUUUUCUGGUGUACGCAUCGUGAAAAUGGAACUGACUGAUGAUGAGAAGGAGCGUAUACCCCACAUAGUGAAAUUCGGGGAGAAGCAGAGCAUGCUCAUCACAGCCCCAGGGAGACUACCCAUUUGCUUUAAAUGCCACACCCAUGGUCAUGUUCGCUCUCAAUGUCCCACCACUACCUUGUCUUCUCGUGUUGUUAAUAGACAGGUGGGUGCCAGUGUUUCAGCUGAUUCGUCUGAUGCCAUGGAUUCUGAGGAUUCGGACAUUGCUGUUUCUGAUGUUGUGAAAGGGGUUGCCAAGAGGAAGAAGUCGGUUGUGAGUAGAGAUGGGAAGAGAGGUAAACCUUCCCCUGUGCCUGACUUGGAGUUGGACGAUGCACCUUCCCAGACGGAAGCUGCUAUGGCUGUCAUGGACAUGCCGGAGGAUCUAGUUACGAAGAAAGGUAAACCUACCACUGUGCCUGAAGAUGUGCUCCCUACUAUUGUUGAUCAGUCUUCCCCGACAGAUGCUGCUAUGGCAGUCAUGGACAUGCCAGACGGACUUCAUGGACCCAGGGAUAGUGAUUCUGAAGCACAGGUACCUCCAUCUCAGGAAGGGACCAUGAGUUGGGCUGACCAGAUGGAAAAAGAGGAUGUAGACAACAGUAGUGUUACAGAUGAUGAUGACCUCCUUAGUGUACCAAGUGUGGACUUCUCGGAUAUGGAGGAAACUGAAGACAAGGAAGUUGUUGUAACAGUACCAGCGAUUCAAAGGGCGUCGAUGGAGAUGAGAGCCAUUGGAGACAGAGCCCCUUCCAAUAUUAAGGAGAAAACAUCAUGGGAAGUUCAUACGAAAGUGAUCAGGACAGACACGGACUCUGACAUAUCUAUCAGUACAUCCAGCUUGAAGGCUGUUGUUAAGGAUCGCCUAAAAGCAGAACCUGGAAAGGAGGCCCUACAUAAGCGUUUGGUUGAGAAGGUUGUCUGUGCCAAGGUGUGGGCUCAUCCCAAUGACUAUGUGAUUCCACAGGAUGUGCCAUACAAAUACUUCAUGGUACCAGUGACACUAGCUAGUUUGCACCGUGCGUCACAGAGUUUAAAGUGAUUCUUGUGAUUUUGAUUCCUCUGUGAAACUCUGUAUUUGACAUGACCUAGGUCAUUAUUUCGCUCCUACAUCUUAGCCUUUCAAAAGUAAUACUAAAGUAUAUUUCUUCUUUAGUUUGCCUCUGUUAUCGCUGCCACUCCACGCCCUUUUGUGAUAUUUUGUUUUUAUAGUGGAGUGGUAUGCCCUUUUGCGCUGUCCGCGACUGUAUUUUCAAUU